AUGUUUGAUGGCUUUUUAAGUCCUGAUUAUUUGACCCUAAAGGCACCAAGCCCUAUGAAUCUGCAUAGGAUAUCACCACCAGAAUUAUUUUGGAUAAUAUAAUCAUCUCUACAACAUUUAAAGCUGUUUGUAUAGUUGAAGGGUUAAAAACAUAAUUAAAAAUCAACUGACAAAUUUUGGAACAAUUUUUUUAUAUCUACCUAUUCCCUGAAUAAAGCACAUAACAAAGUAAAUAUAGGAAUAUCAGCAAACGAAGCUUGCUCAUACAUUAGAUAAUAAAACCUUCACUUUAGUUUAUUGUAAGAAAUUAUUAAAUUAUAUUAAAAUUAGCUUAAAAAGAUGGGGAAGGAGAAGAAUAAAGAAAUAUCAUUCUAAAAAUGAAUUAAAAUGA